AUGGCGACCUCCAGGCUUCGUUCUCUUCUGAAGUUAGGAGCAAUAACAGGGCCACGGGUGUUUCUUAGAAGUAGGUGAUAAUUUCUACGAUUCAAUAAAUCUUACUUUGCUCUAGUGGUGUAAUGUUAGCUUAAACGUGAAAUGAAGUCUGGUAAGAGUCAGCUUCUAAAAGCGAAAUAUACUAUGGACUGCAAUUAAGCUUAACUUAAGCUUACUUCUUAUUUUAGAUCAUCACAGUUGCUGCAAGUCUUCAUUUGCUCCUGCAGCUUUCUUGCAAAAAUCAAGAAGAUAUUCGACUGAUCUUGCAGUCAAAGGUAAUCACCGUUUGCUUUUUUUAAAAACUGACAGUACAAUACAACAUGUGUACAUUGAUUAAUAAUUACAUAAUACGGCUGCACAUCACUUCACUUUUAUUAUCUAGUGUGACAUUGGAAAACCGAUACGAUAUAGCUCCCAACUUUUGCCUAGUCACAUGAGCAUAAUUUUUGUAUCCACAUUUCCAGAAUUUCCACAAAAAAUCCGAUGACUUCAGAUUUCAGGGGGUUGCCAAAAUGUAUUAGUGCAAAGUGCGAAAUCUUGGCACCAUCUAUCCUGCAAGCAAGCUCUCCCAGGGGUACCGGGGGUGCCUACUGUUACCCCACCACCAGCGCGCCCCAUAGAGCUUGCUCACAGGCUAUGCACCAUCUUGCCGAGUUCAUACAGGGCUUUGCUCUAGCAGAGCCUGGUUUCCCCUGGCGGCCAACUUUUGCCCUCGGGCAACUAGAAAAUCUCAGAUUUUUCAUACAAAUCAUAUGCUGGGCACCUAAAUUUUACAGGUUCAGAGUGCUGGGCUCCCUUCAAUUUUCCUUAGAGCACAGCCUUGUACACACAUGAUAAUCCUGGUGAGAUUACUUAACUGAGGUAUCAUGAGGUCUUACUGAGAUCAAGCCUUUAUACCUGGAAUUGUGCAUAUGUGACCCUUCAUGCGAAAAGGGGGCUUAUGGAUUUCACUAAAAACCGUGAAUUUUUUUCACGGUCACAGUGCGUGAAUUAGAGUUUUCACGGCGUGAAUUUCAAAUUCCACGCCCGUUCACUCCAUGCAAGAAUUUUUCACUCUUGGCGUGAAACUAAUCAUGUUGCGACAGAUCAGCGAAGACUUCCAUGCCGUGAUUAUUUAACCGGUGUAAACUUUCACGCCGUGAAAUUAAGAGAGAACACAUUUUCACGCCGUGAAACAUGCGAGGGUGAAUGAAAUCUAACCUGUUUUUUCUCGCCCCUUUUCAAACUAGAAAAAAAAAAACGAGAAUACCUGGUCACAUCAAAGUACAUUUGUGGAAGUUGAUCCCACGCAAAAAAUAAUAUUUCUCUCAGCAUAUUCAAGCCGUUUUAAAUAGCUCAUGAAAAAAAUAAAAAAAACGUAUUCAGACUAUUCCGCGUUCAGGCCUGUAAAGCCACAAAUCACAAUCAAACUAGUCACAAUUUCUUGUCGAUAUUUUUAUGUGUUAGAUAUGCACGAUCAGAACUGCGUGUGUUUCAUGUCAAUUUGUUUACAUUGUCUGUAACUGCAACAGUCGGUGACUUUUGGCUCUUUUUUUUCUUCUCCACAACGUGCCAAUUUUCCCAAUGUCGAUGUCAGAGACGCUUAGUUAUUUACCAAACAUGGCAAGGUUUUCACUCAAGAAACCUAACAAAAUUCUUUGUGGAAAGACUAACUAUUACUGCCAUUCCUAAAACCGGGAUAAUUGUCGUCUGUGUCAAUGCGCAUUGCAGUGAAGUGCCUGAUCUUAUCUACAGUUUUGUAGCCCCAUCACACGUGCAAACUCUACUUGAUUUAUCAUGCUCCAUUUCAAGUUCCUUGUCUCUUUGCUAAAUGUUAUACUUGAAAUUUCGCUGUUACAACGAUCUGAACAGAAGGGUAAAAAUGAAAUAAAUCCAAAAGACAUCACGCAAUAUCAAAACAUGCGUUACAUAUUUCAUCUUGUCGCCACGGAGUCUAGCAUUUGCGUAACUUCGUGGAAGAGAUAAAAGCUUCGUUUGGUUGUAAAUUUAGAGAAUCUUCGGUGACUCACUUUUUAAGCGAUUUCAUGUGUUUUGCCGAAAAUCAAAAAUCAAAAAGUACUGACCAGUACAUGUUACAUUCAUGUGGACAAAUAAAGGCUUGCAUGACAUCUAAACAAUACACUUUUGAAAACAAUGUUACAUUUCAUUUUGACUGUUGGAAGAUUUUCACGGCGUGAAAUUAAAUUUCACGGUGACUGAAAUUUUUCACGGCAUGAAAUAUUUUCACAGCGAUUAUAAAGUUUUUCACUGCGUGAAAUUUUCACGGUAGCCGUGAAUUUUUCACAGCGUGUUCACAGUGUGAAAGAGAAAUUUCACUCACAUUCCAAAAAUUCUUUUUACUUUCACGGCCUGGAUCGUGAAAAUAGGCAUAGCGUGAAAUUUAGAUAAGCCCCCAAGUCGCGUGAAGGGUCACAUAUCUUGAUGAGAUAAUCUAUUCAAAAUUUUCUUUCUGGAAACUGUUUGUUAUGUGUGUAAAAUUGUCCUGUGUGCAUGUGAUUGAAGUUUUCAAUCCACAGGAGUGACACAUGCAUAAUACAUGUGAGUUGGCUGGUAUAAAUGAAUAAUGAUGAUAAUGAACUUUAUUUAAAUGUCAUGAAAUCCUCAAGUUGACCUGUUGAAGGCCUGCUAAUAGGUGACAUCAUCUAAAAUUCUUCCAACCUAACUACUUGGAAUGACUAAAAUAACAAAUUAAUGUAUUUACAGAAUAUAAAAUUAAUUACUGCUUACAAGUUUUGAGACACUAUAUAUAUGAUUAAAUUAAAAGGCCCGUACUGUCUCAAGAGGUCAGUUAGCUAGAACAUAGAUAGCAAUAAUUACAACCCUCUGUAAUCUUGGAGGUCUGCCUCCUACCUCCAAGGCAUAAAUUGAUUUGCAGGACAGAUCACCAGACCCACAUAUCUCAGGCCAUAGGCAGUUGUAUUAAAACGUAGAGCAAAAAAGUUGCCAGAAUUUAUAUUUACCGUAUACGUUUAUAUUAAAUCUUUGGUCUCCAAACAUGGCUUUGUCAAACCCAUCUCCCUGAUUAAACUGGUCCCCACAGUUCACUGAAUAAUACAAACUUACUCUGCACAUGUUCGUAAAACAGUCAUAGUUCACCAAUAACAUGAACACCCAUGAAAACAUUGACAUCUACAGAAAUCUCUGAUUUUCUUCCUUUCUUUCUUUCAGAGGAUGCAGCUGUAACUCAGCUGUCUGAGUUUGGACAGUAUGUAGCUAACAUGCUGCCAAAGUACAUCCAGCAGGUCCUAAUGACACAAACCAAAGAACUGGAAUUGCUGAUUGCUCCUGAAGGGGUUAUUCCAGUGCUUACAUUCCUGAGAGACCAUACUAAUGCACAGUACAAGUCUCUUGCAGACCUGACUGCUGUUGAUAAGCCCGAAAAACCAUGUAGAUUUGAGGUACAUAGCAAGAUAAUAUAAAGAUUUAGUGUUUCUCAAUUGCAGAGAAACCUACCAUCCUAGACAAAAGUAAUUGGGAAGGAUGUACAUACAAUUUACAGUGUGACUACUGUAAGUGGGGCCACCUAGACAAAGCUGAUGAAUCGGAUUACAGGAAAGUAACAACACAUAUUUCUGAGAAAGUUGGUUGUGGACCCAUCAGCAGCCUGUAAGAAAACAAGAGGUUACUUUAAGUACAAAAGUUAACUAUUGAUAGCAAGCGUUUUUCAAGAAAACAAAAUUGUUUCACCAGAAAAUGUUUUUCUAUUCCAAACUUUACAUUUAAUGCCUAAGAGAAACAAAAUUUACAUGUAUAUUUGUUUGGCACAAGCUGUUAUUUUGUCAUCUACCAGCAAUUUCUUUACUGCCAUUGCCCCAUUUUACAACAACAAGUGAUCUCAAGUCAAAAAUAUGACUAACGUUUACAUUUUUCACCUCUGUCAACACUCUAACGGACCUCUCAGGAAACACAGGUUUUCUUCGGAAGAUUCAAAAGGUCAUGUCUGUAGGUUGUAAUUGGUUGAUUUUGAUCCAUGUUGUUGAUUUCAUUUUGUGAUAUUAAUGAUUGACAACUAUCAGUAGCUUGUAAAAAACUAAUAACUAACUUACUUAAAGCACAACAUUUAAAUAUUGUUAGCAAAACGUUUUUUCAAGAAAGCAAAGUGUUUCACCAGACAAUGUUUUUCUAUUUGAAAGCUAACAUAGAACACCCAAGCUGUUAUUUCUUCAUGUACCAGCAAUUUCUUUGCUACAAUUGCCAUGCUUUGCAAUAACAUAGGACUUCAAGACAAAAAUAUAACUAAAGUUUAUCAAAAUGUUGCCUCCGUCAUUCACUCUAAUAGACCUCUCAGGAAACACAGGCUUUCUUCAAGGGGUUCAAAAGGUCACCUCUGUAGGUUGUAAUUGGUUGAUUUCAAUCAAUGUUGUUUAUCUUGUUUCAUGGUAAUUAUGGUUAACAAUGUUCUCUGAAUGUAUUGUUAUUUUCCUGUAAUCUGAUUGGUCAACUUUGUCUAGGUGGCCCCGGUUGUAGAAGUCGCACUGUUAUAGAUUUUGGCAUUGUAUAAAUGAUAAAUGGAAAUUAGAUGUCUGUAACUGUUGUAACUGUUUUCUUUUUAAGCUAGACAUCUCUAAGGUGCAAAGCCUGACUGGGAAGGGUCGAGGGGGAGGUUAAUUUCGUAAAUUCUUUAAAAGUUCUUCUAUUGCAGCAUUAACCUUUGUUUUUUUUUCUGUUAUAGCUGGUGUAUAAUUUGCUAUCUUUGAGGUACAAUUCAAGGAUCCGAGUGAAAACCUACACUGAUGAACUCACGCCAGUUGAUUCUGCCUUCCCAGUGUUUAAGGCAGCAGACUGGUAUGAAAGAGAGGUAAUAAAUUGUUAGAACUAGUAAUGUUGAAUUUUAAAAAUUGGCAUUUGACUAGUGCUGAGCAAGGUAGAUAGCGUUGUUCUGAAUAAAUCAUUUGUUUAUGUCUUAUCUGAACGCAAAAGCCACCAUUUAAUGCCCUACUGAAACAAAGCAUUUACAAGUACUCUAGGUAAAAAUAUAUAAUGAUAACUAAUCAUACUUGUUUAAUAUUGUACUAAUUUAAGAUUACUAACUACAUGUAUGUAUCAUUGCCAUAAAGAAUAUUUUUCUUGGACAGAAAAAAUAUUCUUCAGCACCAAUGAUUCACUGAAAGCUAUGCAGAGCUUUUGGAACCAAUCCCGAUCCCUUCAUUAGUGAUGAUGUUUGCUGUUAUUCGCAGCCUCAUUUUGAUGAGGCUGCAAAAUUGUUCCAUAAAUUGGGGAAAGUGGUGGCCCUGAUCACAGUUCAUUCCCGGUCGCCGAGUAUGAAUGUUCAUGACCUUGUAAAUUGAGCGUGAAAGCAGGUGGUUUUCCUGGCCAAUAUUUUUUACACUGGUGCAGAAGCUGCAAGUAACAGCAAACCUCAUCACUGAUGAAGGGAUCCGGACAGUUUCCAAGAGCUCUGUGUAACUUUAAACAAAUUUUUGGUGUUGAAAAAUAAUUUUUUCUCUAAUAGAAUGUCCCAACGGCAAAAUCUUCACUGUCUUGUUUUCUGUGAGAUUUUUUAUCAUAAUUUUGCAUAUAUUUUGUCCAGCUUAGUGCAACUGCUCAAUGCUCAGGCAGGGUUUGAGAGAUAGGAUUUGAUCACUGGGGGACAAUUGUCCCCUUGGCUAAAAUUUUGGGGGACAUUUUCAUUUUUAGGGGGACAGAAAUUUGUACACCCUUCUGCUGAUCCAAAGGGGUUUGUCUUCUUAGCAGGACUUCUGAUAGGUCUCAGAGAAAAAAGUCAAAUUUCGCGGGAUUUUUAGGGACAAAUUCGCGGAAAAAUCGCCUGAUUUUGCGGGAGUUUUCGGGGCAAACUUCACCGAAAAGCCAUCGGUAAAAAAACGGACGAUUUUGUGGUUAUUUUCAAGGCAAAUUUCGCUAGAAAUCGAUCGGUUUUGCGCUGAUCAGACCAGCCUUUUUAACGUUUUUCUAACAGAGGUCAUCAUUUGCUCUUUCAACAACAAUACGCUCCAGAAAUGAACCAAUGGCAAAGCCUUUAACAUCAUGGCUAGUGCCCAGUUUUUCGCAACAUAAUCUGUUUGCACGUUCCAAGAUAAAUUUGGACGUUUACGGCAAGUAAAUAGCCCCUAUAGCUGAAAUAAGUUUCAAAUAUGUUGUACAGACAUGUAUUUGAUAAGAUUUCUACCGAAUUUCGCGGCUCCACGACCGUGCGAAGAAUUAGAAGCCCUGUCUUAGAUUUCUGACAAAAAUAGCAGUAGAACGUGACUGAAACGUAACUUUGGAAUGAACUUUUAAAGGUGCGAUAAAAUAUACUUUCCACGUUCUGUUUCAGCUUGCAAUUUCUGCACUAAAAUAAAUCUCUUCGUGUGUGCUUCCUUUCGAGUUUUUUCCCUAAAUUUUGAAGGGGACAAAUUGUCCCCUUGGCCGUUUUUUAAAGGGACAAUUCCAAUUGCAGUGCGGGAUUGGCGCAAUGGCGCGGCCUGGCUCAAAUCCUGCUCAGGGUUCGCAAAUAGGCCAAAUUUGGCGUAUUUUACACCAAAGUUGUUCAGAUGACUCCACUGAGGUUACGGAGGGAGUCACUUUGACUCCAAAAAUUUUUGGUAACAAACACAGUUUUGUCCUUACCUUUUUCGCAACAAAUACAAUUUACACUAAUUGUAAACGUUGUAAACCUUAAUUAAAUCAUCAAAAUUAAAGAAUUAUACUGCACGACAAAACAGGAAGAGGGUAGUUUACUCGAUGACCGCCAUCAUGGAUUUGAGCUUUCCAGGUCAGCGGACCGCCACAGCUACUUCGUGUAUCCCUCACGAUAGUGUAUACAUGCUGGGACUAUGUGCUGGAAAGUCUGAUACUUGACUCCAAGUAUUCCAAAAUGACUCCAAAAUUUGUGAAGCAGGAGUCACACUGACUCCACUCAUCAAUAAAAUUUGCAAACCCUGAUGCUCAGUUGAAUAUGCAUUAAAAUUAAUGUGACACCACAUGGUUGGCAGGUCAAGCACAGAAAAGCUAGCUAAUACAUAUUUGCAUAUUUAAAGCAAGCAGCAAAUCGAUUAGCAUCAGAAAGCAUUUUAACUCAUCAACAGAGAUGACUGUGGGGGGGUCGAGGUGCCUGCUGUGAUUGAGGCUGGUAGAUCCACAAACUGCAGCCGAGUUUUUGAAAACAUUUUUUUACACUCUAUUCUAUCACAUCGUGCUUUUUUAAAAUUAUUAAUUUGUUUUGCCAUAUCUUGAAAUUUUAAUUUUGCUGUCAAUCUUGUGACAUCAUUUUGUGGCCAAAAACCAUUAAAAUCGAAAAACUAAAAACAUAGGAUUUUUUGGAUACAGAGUUCUACCAUCCUGCAAAGUUUGAGCUCAAACGAAUAAAAAAUGUAAAAGUAGUUCCUAGGUUGCAGAUUUUUGUGUCCUAUGGGCCCUCCGUGAGAUGAUCACUUGUUGUUUUGAUUUCAAUGGUUUUCAACUAAACAAGUCCUAAAAGAUGAGGACAACCUAAGAUUACUGUCUUAGGUUUCACUAUAGUAGUCUAAGAACUCACUAUUGUAUUGUGUGCCUUUUCUCUCUUGUAGAUCUGGGACAUGUUUGGUGUAUUUUUCGCUGACCAUCCAGAUUUGCGACGAAUCUUGACAGAUUAUGGGUUUGAAGGCCACCCAUUUAGGAAAGAUUUUCCACUAACUGGUUAUGUUGAGGUAAUUGCUAUGAAUAGAAGUUAACCUUAACUUUUUCUCAUGUAUUCUUAAAAAAACAGACACCCUGGAAAGCUUCAUUGUACUCUUUUUUUCCAUUGAAAAAGUCAGCACUGUUAUCGUUAUUGAAGGAUGUUGAGCCCUCGCCUGAUCGCAAAAUGAUAAAACUUCUAAAAAUUUGAAAGCUUGUUUCUGCCACUACAAGAUUCUCACUAAAACUUGUGGUAGAAUAAUGAUGGCCAUGGCAUUUUCCUGCCAAAAUGAUGCUGGUUCAUGUGUGAGCACAAGUAGUAUUAAGAAAAUCUUGUCCUCAUAGUCGUUCUCAUCUUACUCAUCCUCAUCAUUACAGAAAAAGGGAAGGAGGUGAGCCAUGCUACCUGGUUUCAACACUGAGUAGAGCAAGUAUUAGCCUCCCACGCAGACGUUCUUACGGGUUCGUCAUGCAAUCAUUCCUCUCCCACGAACGACAUUCGUGGGGUAGGAACGCAUGACGAACCCCUAAGAAUGUUUGGGUGGGAGGCUAGGAACGCGUGACGAACCCCUAAGAAAGUUUGCGUAGGAGGCUAAGCAAGCAUAGGCAGUCAGUUCUUUGAAACCAAAUAAGUUUAAUAAAAUAGUUUUCCUCAAUACUGAAAACUUACAUUAAUUUUGUUACUGUAGGUGAGGUAUGAUGACGAGCUCAAGCGGGUUGUCUGUGAACCAAUUGAAAUGGCUCAAGAAUUUCGUAGGUUUGACUUUCAAACCCCGUGGGAAAAUUUCCCAGCACACAGGGAAGACAAACAAGAUGUGCAGCAACAACUGCCAACAGGAGAAAAAACAGAGAAGAGUUAAAGAAUUCUCUUCCCUGCUGAUAAUGUUUUGUAACUACUGUUUUGUUGUAUGGUGUGAGGAAUUACCUUUAAACAGUUUAUUGAUUGAAGUAAUAACUUUUAUUGUAAAUACAAAAAUGUAGUAUAAAAUCAAACUUUCAUGUGCACUUCAUCUAACAAAGUAAUAAAAUUUCAUCUUUAUUUUGCUUUUCGUAAUGUCCAUAGCACCUUAUAAUAAUAUUUCAAAGUUGAAAGGCGACUUCACUAGGCUGCCAUAAAACCUAGACUAGACAGAAAUAUUGUAGUGCAUGAAAACAAGAAGUUUACUAGGACACAUAGCCAACUGCUUAUGAAAUGAGGUAACCUAAUAAACCCAGCCUGAUCCACAGGCCUCAUAAGAACCAAUUCAGGUUGUCCUUGACCGUUAAAACUGAUGAUGUCACAAGUGCUAGAAGGGACGUGGAUCUGCACCAGCAUUUCAAGGCGGGAAUGGGUUGAUAAAAAACCUAAAAGUCAUCUUUCGCCAAUAUUUUCACCCGAUUUGGCAUUUUAU